AUGCCAUCGGAUCAUCCAGCCCAAGGAGUCGAAGGAGAGGCGGCGGCACCAAGACGCAGCAACAGCUUUUCCCAGCAGUCCCAGGCAUCAGACGACUCCCAAACUGCCGCAGAGUUCAUCCGUAGCCAGGAGAUCCUCGAGGCCGACGCUCGCGAGGCGCUUCCCUACAGCAUCGAAAGCUGCACUAAAAUUCUGGGUCCUCUGCGACAAAGCGUCUUCUCCUGCCUCACCUGCAACCCAGCGCCAGCUACAGCGGACGACUCGUGGCGACCGGCCGGUAUCUGCUACGCAUGCUCUGUCCAGUGUCAUGGAGAACACAGACUAGUCGAGAUCUUCCAAAAGAGAAAUUUCACAUGCGAUUGCGGCACGACCCGUAUACCGUCGACGAGCCCGUGCUCUCUGCGCACCAACGAGCAGACGAAGACCAAGGGGGGCGUGCACUCGGAGGAGCCCGACGCCAACAACAAGUAUAACCAGAAUUUCGGCAACCGUUUCUGCGGGUGCGAGUGCGACUAUGAUCCUUUCCAACAAAAGGGAACCAUGUUCCAAUGCCUAGGGCUGGGGACGGUCGAGACCGGAGGUUGCGGUGAGGAUUGGUACCAUCCCGGCUGCCUCGUCGGGAUGGGUCCCAAGUGGUACGAAAACAUGGAACGUCGCAAGGAGGCGGGCUCCAGUGGGCCGGUUGCUGCCGGCAGCAAAGGCUUGGCGACAAUUGCCGAAGGUAACGAGGAGGGCGACGAGGGGGAAAGUGGCAAGGAUGGCGAUGUGGCGAUGAUGGAGUCGGACGACGAGCCGCCGAUGCCGCCCGGAUUUCCGGACGAGGACGAAUUUGACGGUUUCCUGUGCUACAAAUGUGUGGAGUCGAACGCUUGGAUCCAAAAGUACGCGGGCACGUCGGGCUUUUUACCGGCGGUAUUCCUUGCCAAGGUGGCAGAAUCAGAAGCGGACAUCAAGUCGGAGGAUUCGGCGUCGAAGAAGCGCAGAAUUGACGAUGCCGUCGACGAGUGUACGGAAGCAAAACGAGCAAGGCGUGAGGACAAUACGACGGCCGUCGAUGAUGGAGUCGCAAGUGUCGGCGCAGCCACGGGUGAGACGGUGGCGACGGAAGCGGCGGCAGCAGCGACAACAGCAAAUGAAGCUGCCGAGGCGGACCAGCCGUCAAAGGACGGGCCGGGCGGUUGCAAGCUGCCCAACCUCGCACCAGCACCGGCGGGUCGGUUUUCGCUCUUCUUUAAGGAAGACUUCCGCUCGAGGCUCUGCCACUGCUCCGACUGCUUCCGGUCGGUGAACGCGCACGCGCAGCUCCUCGAGGAGGAGGAAGUGUACGAGCCGCCGAUGUCGCAGGGUGACGGCGACUCACAGCAUGGGGGCUCGACGCACGGCAGCGGAAGCCUCCUGGAACGCGGCGAGAGCGCGCUGCGCAACGUCGACCGCGUGCGGGCCAUCGAGGGCGUCAUGGCCUACAACCACCUCAAGGAGCAGCUCAAGCCCUUCUUCCAGCAGUUCGCCGAGAGCGGGCAGGCGGUCGGGGCCGAGGACAUCAAGGCGUACUUUGCCAAGUUGCGGGGCGACGACAAGGCCAUCAAGGAGGCCGGGCAGGCCGCGUCCGAGUCGGCGGGUGGCAACGACGGCGGCACCGACGGAGACGGUCGACGGGAGCAAAGCGGUUACUGA